AUGGCUUCCCCUUUGGAAGCCCAAUGGGUGGAGGACAGGUUCGACUACCAGGAGCUGCUCCACAACUCCAGCUUCUGCCUGGCUGCCUGCAUCCCGGUUAUUCUGAGCAACGGCUGGGAGCUUCCCUUCUCCGAGGUGAUCGACUGGAGGAAAGCCGCCAUCAUCGGAGACGAGCGACUGCUGUUGCAGGUUCCCUCCAUUACCCGGUCUGUGGGCCAUGACAGGAUCCUGGCCCUCCGCCAGCAGACCCAGUUCCUCUGGGACGCCUACUUCUCCUCCGUAGCCAAAAUAGUCCUAACCACUCUGGAGAUCAUCCAGGACCGUGUGGAGUCCCACGUGUCCAGAAACCAGCUGCUGUGGAAUUCCCUGCCCGGUGGUCUGUACGCCCUCCCGCAGUACUCAGCAGACCCUGCUCAGUUCCCCUUCUACUACGCCAUACUUGCUGUGAUCCACGCCGUGUCCCCUCUCCAGGCCCAGGUCUCCCCUGUGGUCAAGCUCAUCAUCGCCGUGGCCAAGUCCAAGUUCUGUGCACAGAUCGUGGUGUUAUGGAACUGUGACAAGCCUUUACCCCCCAGGAAUAAGUGGCCCCCCACCAGCGUGCCUCUCACCAUCGUAGAAGGACAGAAAAAGACGAUGAGCAGUCGUUUUUUCCCGCACGACGUCAUCGAUACGGACGCCGUUCUCAGCCUGGACGAGGACUCGGUCCUCUCCACCAACGAGGUGGAUUUUGCCUUUAUCGUUUGGCAAAGUUUUCCAGAGCGGAUUGUCGGUUAUCCGGCUAGGAGCCACUACUGGGACAGCUCCAGGUCCCGCUGGGGCUACACUUCAAAGUGGACCAAUGACUACUCCAUGGUCUUAACAGGAGCUGCUUUCUACCACAGAUACUACCACUACCUGUUCACUCACUACGUCCCGGCCAGCCUGCUGACCGCGGUGGACCGCAUGGCCAACUGCGAAGACAUCCUGAUGAACUUCCUGGUGUCGGCCGUCACCAAACAGCCGCCAAUCAAAGUCACGCAGAAGAAGCAGUACAAGGAAACUAUGAUGUCCCAGGGCUCCAAGUCAUCUCGUUGGGCCGACCCCGACCACUUUUCCCAGCGACAGACCUGUAUGAACACCUUCACUAAGUGGCUGGGUUUCAUGCCACUAGUGCACUCCCAGAUGAGGCUGGACCCGGUGCUGUUCAGAGACCAGGUUUCCAUCCUGAGGAAGAAAUACAGGGACAUCGAACGGCUGUGA